GCAGAUUUGAGUGUUUGUAAUAGUUAGCUAUACACAUUAGGGCAUAAAUUUGAGGAAAAUCAAUGCAUACAGUCCAUCAGUGCUCUUGGAAUUGACACGAGAGUCACAUUUGUAGCUAAAUUGCAAGCAUCGACUUUUUGUCAACAUAAUUUGAUUUUCACAUGCUAAGUGCAGAAGGUAAAAAAGUGAGAUGAGGAUGAAGUUAGAUUGUUCUGCGGGUUUCCUGCUGUUCUGGUGGUUUACAUCAGCAGUGGGAGGAACCAGAGAUGAUAGGAAGAACAUAGUCUUUGUUAUCUGUGACUCCAUGGAUGGCAGGUUGAUAGGACGUGGUCAGGACAGUGUAGUGGACUUACCUAACCUGAACUACAUGGUUCAGAAUGGUGUCAACUUCAGGAGUACCUACACUAACUCACCUAUAUGCUGUCCCUCCAGAUCUGCAUUGUGGAGUGGUCUUCAUACCCACGUGACGCAGUCAUGGAACAACUACAAGGGGCUACCCAAAAACUACCCCACCUGGCAGGUUAGACUGGAACAGCAGGGAUACCACACUCAGGUAUAUGGCAAGACUGACUAUGUAUCAGGAGACCAUUCAGAAAGCAAUCGAGUUGAAGCGUGGACAAGAAAUGUGAACUUUACCCUAGCACAAGAGGGCAGGCCUACACCUGUGCUUGUUGGAAGUUCAUCAACAGAUAGAAUCCAGCUAAAGGAUUGGGCUAGCACAGACUUGGCAUCUCACUGGCUCCUCCAUGAAGCUCCCAAACAGCAGAAACCCUGGCUGUUGUACCUGGGUCUCAACCUCCCCCACCCUUACCCAACCCCUUCCAUGGGAAAAAACUUUGGCGGCUCAACCUUCAUGACUUCGCCUUAUUGGCUAAAGAAGGUCAACAGUUCAAAGGUCACCAUUCCGAAAUGGCUGCCAUUUUCACGGAUGCACCCGGUGGACUACUAUUCCUCAGCAACAAAGAACUGCACCAGUGAUUUCACAAGGGAUGAAAUUAUGAAGAUCCGGGAGUACUAUUAUGGGAUGUGUGCUGAAACUGAUGCAAUGCUUGGGCAAGUCCUGGAUGCACUGAAAGCAUCCGGCCAGGCCGACUCUACCUAUGUGUUCUUCACGUCCGACCACGGGGAACUUGCCAUGGAGCAUCGCCAGUUCUAUAAGAUGUCCAUGUACGAGGCCAGCGCUCACAUCCCCAUGGUCCUCACCGGUCCAGAGGUGCCUGCUGGGAAGGCUGUGGAUGACCUGACAUCUCUUGUUGAUGUGUUUCCAACAUUCAUGGAUAUAGCCAAUGCCUCACAGCCUCCUGGACUGAACGGUACAAGUCUGUUGCCCCUCCUGAGGAACAGCUCUGACAGAGUGGACCGACCUGACUGGGUACUGAGCCAGUAUCAUGGCUGUAAUGUUAACAUGUCCACGUACAUGCUCAGGACAGGCAGUCUGAAGUACGUAGCAUUUGGUGAUGGACCAAAUCAAGUGUCUUCACAGUUAUUUGAUUUGGACAAGGAUCCAGAUGAGCUCCAUAAUCUUGCUGAAGAGAGACAAGAUCUUGCAUCACAACUGGAUGACAAGUUACGAAAGCUGGUAGACUAUCCGACUGUCACAAGGGAAGUGCAGAAGUACAACAGGGACUCCUUCAUGGCAUGGAAGGCGAAGCUUGGUUCACGGUACAAAGAUGAGAUAGCAAACUUGAGGUGGUGGAAGGACUGGCAAAAAGACCCACAGGGAAAUCAAGAAAAAGUUGAAGAGUGGUUGAACAAUGUAGUUAGCUAGGAAGCUGUAACAUUUGCCAUAGCUUAGAGCCAUACCAAGGACUUAGAAAAUAGCAUACAUACUGUUUUUUUGAAGCAUUUAAGGAUGAGAACCCUAUGGUGUGGGAAUGGCUUCACAUUUUUGGACUUAAAGAAUGAUAUUUGCAAGGAAAUGGUGAAUAUUUUCCUCAUAUUCAUCCAAAGUACAAUUUUUCAAGAACAUGUCAUUGACAUCAUUCAAAACGUGUAAGAAAGAACUACAUGUAUGUGGGAAAGGUGUAUCUGCAGUGCCUACAAGACUGUAACUGCAGUCUUAACAAGCUGUACAUGUAUACCCAAAAGUCUUAUAUGUGAUUUAUUUCACAUUUAAUAUAUAGCACCGAGGCAAUGGACUGGACAAAGUCUUCUAUGCAGUAGUAUUUUUAAGUCCAUUUACAUAUUUUGAAUGUAAAUAUUCUGAAAAUGACAAUGGUUACAGUGCAAUAUAAUAAACUGAUCAAUAUUCAG